GAUAACAGAUAUAUAAAAUAAUGUCACUCUGGUCAGUUGCAAUUUAGAUAGAGAGAACAAAUCAGAGUAAUUGGAACUUGAAACUUGUCAUUCAUUCAUGGCGAUUGAGGCAUGGUUGAUGGACGAAAGCAAUGAAGAUCCAAGACUCCCUCACCGCCGCAAUCCCAACAAGUCAGUUUCAUUGGACCAAUUAGCAGAAUUUGGGGUGUUAUACUGGAAGCUGAAUCCAACUAUCUAUGAGAACGAUGAAGAGUUGGCCAAGAUUAGAGAAGAUAGGGGAUACAACUACAUGGACCUGCUUGAUUUAUGCCCAGAAAAGGUGGAAAAUUACGAACAGAAGUUGAAGAACUUCUACACUGAGCACAUUCAUCAGGAUGAAGAGAUUCGUUAUUGUUUAGAAGGAAGUGGCUACUUUGAUGUGCGAGACAAGGAUGAUCGCUGGAUUCGCAUUUUGAUCAAGGCCGGUGAUCUUAUCAUUUUACCCGCUGGAAUCUAUCAUCGCUUCACCCUAGACCCAAGUAACUAUGUGAAGUUAAUGAGGUUGUUUAAGGGCGAGCCAGUGUGGACAGCAUAUAAUCGACCACAGGAAGACAAUCCUGCUAGAAAGGAAUACAUUAAGGGCCUGACUGAGAAAUUUGGAGUGCCACUUGCAACUCAUUAGGGCCCUGAAAUACACUAGUAAAUCUUGUUUCAGAUAUUACAGCUUAAGGUUUGUGAUGUAAUUGUUAGUAUAUUAUUUGCGUAGUUUUAUCAUAAGAGAAGACUUGUCUAUGAACCUGAAACAUACCAAGCAUGAGAUGAAACAGACCUAAGAGCUUAUGAUAUAUGUUUAUAUACUACUAGUUCUUGUCUCUGUGAAGCUGCUAUUAUGUUCUGUUUGCCCGUGUUCA